AUGAGAUCUAAAAAGUCCUGCUCAGUUCUGAGUUACUACCGCUUAUUUCAGAGGGAGUGCCUUUCCAUUCACGUGGGCCAAGCUGGCGUCCAGAUUGGGGAUGCUUGCUGGGAACUCUAUUGCCUGGAACAUGGGAUCCAACCAGAUGGCACUGUUCUCGACAGUAAAAAGGAUCGGUCGGAAAAGGCUAAGAUGGCGUCUAUGGCUGCCUCUUUCAAUACCUUCUUUUCUGAGACCAGAGCUGGGAAGCAUGUACCCAGAGCACUCUUCAUGGACCUGGAGCCAACUGUUAUAGAUGGGCUUCGAACAGGCAAGUACCGUUCACUCUUCCACCCAGAGCUGCUCAUUAGUGGGAAGGAAGAUGCUGCAAACAACUAUGCCCGAGGCCACUACUCUAUGGGAUCAAAGGUUAUCGACCUUGUGCUAGAGAGGAUGCGAAAACUGGCAAAGCCAUGCAGUGGACUUCAGGGAUUUUUGAUUUUCCGGAGCUUCGGAGGAGGCACUGGAUCAGGGUUCACAUCUCUGUUAAUGGAGCAGCUCUCAAUACACUAUGGUAGGAAGACUAAACUGGAGUUCUGUGUCUACCCAGCCCCGAGGAUCUCCUCUGCCAUGGUAGAGCCCUACAACUCAGUCCUCACCACCCAUUCCACCCUGGAGCACUCGGACUGUACCUUCAUGGUGGACAAUGAGGCCCUCUAUGACAUCUGCCAUCAUCAACUUGGCGUUGAACACCCCUCUUACACCAGCAUUAAUAGGUUGAUAAGUCAAGCUGUGUCUUCCAUUACUGCUUCUCUCCGGUUUGAAGGGCCUUUGAACGUGGACCUAAUUGAAUUCCAGACCAACCUGGUACCUUACCCGAGAAUACAUUUCCCCAUGACAGCCUUUGCCCCUAUCAUUUCUGCUGACAAGGCCUACCAUGAGGCGUUCUCUGUGUCAGACAUCACCACUGCUUGCUUUGAGUUCCCCAACCAGCUGGUCAAGUGUGACCCUAGACUGGGGCAAUACAUGGCCUGCUGCCUUCUCUACAGGGGGGAUGUGGUCCCUAAGGAUGUGAAUGCAGCGAUUGCAGCCGUGAAGUCAAGGCACUCUGUUCAGUUUGUAGAUUGGUGUCCAACCGGUUUUAAGGUGGGCAUCAACAACCACCCGCCCACGGUGAUGCCAGGGGGGGUCAUGGCUAAAGUCCAGCGGGCUGUCUGCAUGCUCAGCAAUACCACGGCAGUUGUGGAGGCCUGGGCUCGCCUGGACCACAAGUUUGACCUCAUGUAUGCCAAGAAGGCGUUUCUACACUGGUAUAUCAGAGAAGGCAUGGAAGAAGGGGAGUUCUUAGAGGCCAGGGAGGAUCUGGCAGCUCUAGAGAAGGAUUAUGAGGAAGUGGGCCAAAGUUUUACAUAUGAUGGUGAAAAUGAAUGUUAAGUUGAAGUGUCGUGCUUUCUUCUCAAUUGUACAGUUAGUGAUUAGAAGAAGAAUCAAAUCAAAUCAACAAGACCCAAGGUCCCACACUAAAUUAAAUGAGCUAAUGUUAACAGUGAGCACAUAUUUCCUUGUCUGUUAAUGUAAUUCAGGACCAUGACCUGUGAACCUUCUAAGGUUUUGGAGUCCUUUGAAUUUCUGGGUUAUAUCUUUUUUUCUUUUUUUGUCAGAAUGGAAACCUGACUUAUUCUUUGCUUUUUAAACCAAGAGACUAUGAAACCCUAAUGUUAAUGCUUUCCCUUUCUUGUGACUGAGGUGGAAAACAGCACAGUAUUGAUUAUUAAUGUUAUUCCCCCAUGUCUAUAUAUUUUGUACAUUGAUUAA